AUGUCGCAUCAAAAUGCAGAGAACCUCCCCGAUACAUAUAAAGGCCCAAUCCACAUCGGCGUGAUAGGCGGCACAGGCCUCGACCACCUCCCCGGCUUCCACAAAGCAGCCGUCCUCUGCGUCUCAACACCAUGGGGCAUGCCCAGCUCGCCCAUUACAGUGUUGGAACACCCAAGUCCCACGACGGGAAACCCGAUCCCAAUUGCCUUUUUGGCCCGCCACGGCCCGCAUCACGAACUCAACCCGUCCGAGAUCCCCGUGCGAGCUAACAUCGCUGCUCUGCGCAAGAUCGGCGUGCGGUGUAUUAUUGCUUUCAGCGCCGCCGGGUCGCUCGCUGAGGAAGUUAAGCCCCGCGACUUUGUGGUUCCGGACCAGUGUAUCGAUCGCACGAAGGGGAUUAGGCCACAUACCUUUUUUGAGGAUGGGUUUGUGCUGCAUGUUCCGUUUGCGGAUCCGUUUGAUGCGAAAGUCGGUGAUGUGGUUAGGAAGUGUGGGCAUAGUUUGGAGGGGGAGGGGGUGGUUUUGCAUGAUAGGGGGACGGUGGUUGUCAUGGAAGGACCACAAUUCAGCACCCGCGCCGAGUCCCGCAUGUACCGCAGCUGGGGCGGCACCGUGAUCAACAUGUCGACGCUGCCCGAGGCCAAACUCGCCGCCGAAGCCGAGAUCGCCUACCAGGUUAUUCUGAUGAGUACCGAUUACGAUUGCUGGCACGACUCAGGCGACGUCACAGUCGAAAUGGUCAUGGGCCACAUGCGCGCCAACGCCCUCAACGCCCGCCGCUUCAUCGCCGCCGUGCUCGACGAGUUGUCCAAGGAGGAACACGGCGCCUUGGUCCGCGCGACGCACUUGGCUGGCGCCAGGAAAUUCGGCAUCAGCACUUAUCCUGCUGGGCGGAGCGAGAAGGCUCUGGAGAAGUUGGGUUGGUUGUUUGAAGGGUAUUUUUAA